ACGCAAUAUAGCUUAAAGGAUACAACCAUGGCAUCCAACAACACCACCAUCACUAAUGACACUUCAUAUUGUACAGUUGGGGAGGAAUUGGCAAAAGAUCACGCCUUACCUUAUGUUAUAUAUGGCAUCCUGGUGGUAAUAGGUAUCCCAGCAUUACUUGGUAAUAUACUGUGCAUUGCCGCCAUUCUGAAACUCCCGGCAUUGAAGAAUACGCAUUUCUUCUACAUCAACUUAUCUAUAGCUGACAUCAUUGUGGUAAUAUCAAGAUUUUUUGACAAUUUAUUUUUUUGGAAUGUGAGUUCAAGUGCAGAAUUAGGAAACUUUGGGCGUAUCCUGUUUUUUGUUUCAUACACAAACUCGGGGUUAACACUAAUGAGCAUUGCAGCUAUAAUAUGCUAUACCGUCAAGUACCCUCUUCAGGCUCAUUUCACCAAUAUGGAAGGCAAUGAGAAUCGGUGGAGAACAUUUGGCGUCAUAGGCAUCACAUGGCUCAUCUCCUUGACAACAAUUACAACAGCUCUCUGUCAUAAAAUUGAUGAAAGUUUUACUCUUUGUUAUCCGGGGAUGUUACUCUCUUUCUAUAUGUUCUGUAUCUUGUUGUUCGUGAUCAUCCUUGCACUGUACUGUACUUUCUAUCAUCGAAUACAGGACAACCUAAUGGCAAGACCUAAAGGGAAGGGAACCCUCCGCACAACGUUGAUCAUGGCUAGUACGUUACUUGCAUGUUCUUUACCUUAUAUGGUAUUUCGUAUUUUGCGUGCUUCAUUGUUCGACUGUAUAACAGAAGUUCAGUAUGUGUACCGCUAUUUGUUUGUGAAUCUACCAGUCUUGAACGCCAUGAGUGAUCCCCUCAUCUAUGGCUAUCGUACUAUUGAAAUCCGAAAAAGUUUUUACCGCAUGUUUCACAUGAAAAAAGGCGAGCUGAAGCCCGAUUAUAAUUGUGGCAAUCGUACGGUCAUUACAAAUAUUAACGAUCAUUCCAAGUAUAGCGCAGACAGUAUUUCAAGUGAAACGAAGCAUGCAUCAAAACUUGAACAUGAAAUGACAGCAUUUCUGAAUAAUAAAAAUCAUAAUGACAAGAGUGAUGUUUGAGGGCUGACUUUGAAUUAGUUGUACAUAUGUAUGUUCUGUCAUGAGCUAACUAGACAUGAGGCAGGCAAGGCAACUGCCUGAGGCAUGCAAGGCAAGUGCUUGAGGCAUGAGAGGCAAGUGCUCGAGGCGUACGAGGCAACUGCCCGAGGCAUAUGAGGAAACUGCCCGAGGGGCAACUGCCGAGGCACGCGGGGCAACUGCCCGAGGCACGCGGGGCAACUGCCUGAGGCAUGCGAGGCAAGUGCCCAAGGCAUGAGAGGCAACUGCCUGAGGCAUGCGAGGCAAGUGCUUGAGGCAUGAGAGGCAAGUGCCCGAGGCAUACGGAGCAACUGCCCAAGGCACGCGUGGCAAC